GCCACUUGCCAGACAGGAGCUUGCGAGGAAGUGUCACCGCUGCAGAGAAACAAAUAUUCGUGGAAGUUCAAGAAAACGUGAAAUUGUUUAUUUUACGUUAUAUCCCAUAACAUCGAUCUUGAAGAUUUUGAACUUGUUUCAUCAUGACAAUGCCUCAACCGACUCAACACUCGUUGUGUGUUUUAGGGUCUCUCAAGGACACCGAGACGCUGAUCAGAUGGCGCAUGGCUCAUGGUUAUUUAUUCUCAGGCUGGAGAAACACGUGCAGAAAUGGCUGGGAGAUGUUCAUACAAGAAACCAAAUCGGACGUGGAUGGAAGUAUUACUGCUCAAAGGGCAAAGAAGAAAUGGGAAAAUUUGAAAUGCAAGUACACGGUUUUGAAAGCUCUUGCGAAGGAUGUAGAAACCGUUAAACCUGACUCCUGGCGAUGGUACAGACUAAUGGAAAUUGCCGUAGAUGGAGAUCCUAAUGAGAUCGACCCUCCUAAACCAACCUUACUGACCGACAUUGCAAAUGAAUCUGAAUGUGAGGCCCAGCCCAGCAAGAAGAUGUACCAGGUCGAAAUGGAGAGUGAUAUUCUUGAAUUACUGACGCAUUCAGUAAUCGAGGUCAAUACUCAAGAAAUCGUGGAAGACGGAGGAACGUUGUCAGAACCUGCAGAACGGAAGCAAACAGGACCGUCAGAAAACAGUCAUCCGCAGUGUCAAGAUGAGCUACAGAUUGAGAAAGCAAAGGUUAAGAGAGAGAAACAGCUUCUAGAGAAGGAACAAGCAGAUCUGGACCGGGAGCGAAUCCUUCUAGAGAAAGAGAGAACCAUUGCAGAAAGGGAGAAAGCAGCGUUGGAGAGAGACAGAUUGCAGUUGGCAAAGGACCGAGCUGCAAUUGAAAGAGAGAGAGCAUCAUUGGAACAAGAUAGAGCAAGACUGGAGCGCGAUAGAGCGGCUCUUGAAAGGGACAGAGAGACUUUAACUGCCAUGGCUCUUAAGACAAAUGGCACAGGACACAUUCAACCAGACUCUCCAUAUGUUCAGGACAGGAAACGAUUGAUAUUUUUAUUUGAAAAAUUAAUCGAGAGAUUUUGAAGUUUUGAUACCAAGAGAGUUAUUGUGUGUUUGGUUCAGUAGGUACUUACAAUAAUAAAGUACUAAAGUUUAAGUGUUUCAUUUUACUCACCCCUGAAACAAAAAAUUUGACAUUAAUGUGCUCCUCUAAUUUCUCCUGUUAUUUGUUCUGUGGAGCACAAGAAAUUUUUGGGAUUUAUUUUUAUUUAUUGACAAAUCUUCUUGUAUUUUACUUCUUUGUUCAAAAGAAAUUUAACAAACAGGUUUGAAAUGAGUACAUAAUGAUGACGAAAGUGUUCUAUCUAAAGUUUUAAAAGUUAAGUUGUCCCACAAAAACAUGAUUUUGUGGUAAAUAAGUUUGGUGACAAAUUGUACUAAUGGCAGUUCACUUUAGUUUAGUAAAUACACUAAAUUGUAGAUUAGACACAAGGGUGCUUUGGUUACUGUAAUGCUGUAAGUGCUACAUCUGUCCCUGUGGUAUGCUUCUCAAAUAAACUGUAUGCAUAUAAUAAUAUUCUGAUAACAAUAUAUGAAUGAAUAUUAUAUAGGAACUAUUAAGCGAGAUUAUAAUAUAUUAUAAACAAUAUAUAAUAAAUAUGUUACCAUGCUAUCAUAGAACCGUGAAUAUUCCAUUUUAUUAAUCUAUUAUCAUCUCAAAUAAUUUUUUUGAACAUUGUGACAGAAGCUCACAGGCAGCAACAAUGAAUACAUUGUCAUUUUUGUUUUGUAAAAAAAAUUCAAUACAAUUCAAAAUGUAUAUAUUAUUUAGAACUAAUCGCAACUAAUUGUUUGCUUUUAUUAAAAGUUAAAUUAAAGUUUUGUUUACAUA